AUGGAACCCAAGUUCAGAGUCAAUUGUCGCAGAAAUGAGUUCCCUCCAACCAGUGGUACUCAUUUGCCAGAGAGCCCAAGAGUACCAAUGGAGUUUCUGUCAAGAUCAUGGAGUGCCUCUGCCUUUGAGGUCUCUAAAGCCCUGGCACCUCAACCUUCCCCACCUCCUUCUUCUUGCAUAGCUUCCAAGCCUGCUAAUGGGUCCUCUUGCAUGACUAAUUCCAUUCUUGAAGAAACUAACCAGUUCUCUUUUGCUUCCUCUGCUACUUCACAGCUUGUCCUUGAGCGCAUUAUGUCACAUUCAGCAAGAGAGGAAGUGUCUCCAUUAACAUCAGGUAGAUUGUCUCACAGUAGUGAACCUUUGAAUGGUGGUGCUUCUUUAACCGGAACAGAUAGUCCGCCAAUUUCUCCUUCUGAUGAGUUUGACGAUGUUGUCAAGUUUUUUCGGGCAAACAAUUCCAUUCACCCCUUAUUCAAUGGUGGACGAACCAUGAGUGCUGCUUCAGGCAAUGCCACUCCUAGUUCCGGGCCUAAAACAGUGGGAAGAUGGUUGAAAGACAGAAGAGAAAAGAAGAAAGAAGAAAACAGAACCCACAAUGCUCAACUUCAUGCUGCUAUUUCUGUUGCUGCGGUGGCAGCAGCAGUUGCAGCCAUCACAGCUGCAACAGCAGCCUCAUCUGCACCUAACAAGGAUGAAAAGAUGGCCAAAACAGACAUGGCUGUGGCUUCUGCAGCCACAUUAGUUGCUGCUCAAUGUGUAGAGGCUGCUGAAGCAAUGGGAGCUGAGAGAGAUCACCUUGCUUCUGUGGUUAGCUCUGCUGUGAAUGUCCGUUCUCAUGAUGAUAUCACAACACUUACGGCUGCAGCUGCCACUGCUCUACGAGGGGCAGCAACCUUGAAAGCAAGAGCAAUGAAGGAAGUGUGGAAUAUCACUGCAGUGACACCACUAGAGAGAGGCAUAGGGAUUGGAAUAUGUGGUGGUAAAGGCAAUAACAGCAAUUCCAGCACAAGUGAUAGUGGGGAGAUUAUCAAUGGAGAAAAUUUUUUGGGUGCCUGCAGUCAAGAGCUCCUUGCUAGGGGCACUGAAUUACUCAAACGGACCCGCAAAGGUGAUCUUCAUUGGAAAAUAGUUUCUGUUUAUAUACAUCGAACCGGCCAGGUGAUGCUGAAAAUGAAGAGCAGACAUGUUGCCGGAACCAUUACAAAAAAGAAAAAGAAUGUUGUGUUAGAUGUGUGUACAAAUUUACCGGCAUGGCCAGGAAGGCAUCUGUUUGAUGAUGGUGAAAAGAGAAGGUAUUUUGGAUUGAAAACAGAAGCAAGAGGGAUUGUGGAGUUUGAAAGUAGAAAUCAAAGAGAAUAUGAUAUCUGGACUCAAGGGGUUUCAAGACUUCUUUCCAUUGUUGCACAAAGGCGAAACAGAAAUAGGACAUGA